UCAGUAGGUACAUUGCAGUGAGCACAGCUACGAAAGCAGUUCAGGGCUUGAGCCAAAGGCGCACACACCCACCAGCACUAAGCAAGACCGUGUUAUCCAACGGAUCCUCUUGUCUACUGCACGCCUCAGGGGUAUGACGCGCGCGUGCAUACACACGCACACAUACCAGCCAAUAGCUAAACUUCCAGAGAGGUCCUGUUCACUCUCUGUUCCAGCAGGCUGCUGCUAAAAGGCUCUUGUGCAACCAAGCCAGUGACUCACCAUCCGUCUGCACCUCUUGUUGAGCCACCUCUAUUGCCAUGGAAACCCCAGGCCAGAAACGUAGCAGCCGUAGUGCCGUUUCCCCAGCACGCAUCACCCGGCUGCAGGAGAAGGAGGACCUGUGCAACCUCAAUGACCGACUGGCCGUAUACAUUGACAAAGUGCGUUCGCUGGAGGCAGAAAAUGCCGGGUUGCGGCUGCGCAUCACUGAGUCAGAGAGCACAGUCUCCCGUGACCUGUCCGGCAUCAAGGCGGCCUACGAGACCGAGCUGGCCGACGCCCGCAAGACCUUGGAUCAGGUAGCCAAGGAGCGAGCACGCUUGCAACUUGAGCUGGGCAAGAUCAGGGAGGAACACAAGGAGCUUAAAGCCAGGAAUAGUAAGAAGGAGUCUGACCUGGAAGCGGCUUUGGUCCGACUCAGGGACCUGGAGGCCCUUCUUAACUCUAAAGAUGCUUCUCUCUCCACUGCCUUGGGAGACAAGCGUAACCUGGAAGCUGAGGUGAAGGACCUCAAGGCCCAACUGGCCAAGUUGGAAAUAAACUUGGCUGAUGCCAAGCGGCAGCUCCAGGACGAGAUGCUGCGAAGGGUGGACGCUGAAAACCGCCUGCAGACCGUAAAGGAGGAGCUGGAGUUCCAGAAGAACAUCUACAAUGAGGAGCUCCGGGAGUCCAAGCGUCGGUUUGAGUCCCAUGUGGUGGAGCUGGACAGCGGGCGGCAGCAGGAGUUUGAGAGCAAACUGGCUGAUGCCCUGGCUGAGCUGAGAGCCCAGCAUGAGGAUCAGGUCCGCCUUUACAAGGAAGAGCUGGAGAAGACUUACAACUCUAAGCUGGAGAACGCCCGUCAAUCGGCUGACAGAAACAGUCACUUGGUGGGCGUCGCCCAUGAAGACCUGCAGCAGACACGUGUUCGGUUGGAGGGGAUGUCCAGCCAGCUCAGCCAGCUGCAGAAACAGCUCGCAGCCAGCGAGGCCAAGGCACGAGAGCUGGAGGAAGCUCUGUCACGGGAGCGUGACCUGAUGAGACGUCGGCUGGAGGAUAAGGACCGGGAGAUGGCUGAAAUACGAGCCAGGAUGCAGCGGCAGCUGGAUGAGUACCAGGAGCUGCUGGACAUCAAACUGGCCUUGGACAUGGAGAUUAAUGCUUACAGGAAGCUACUGGAGGGAGAGGAGGAGAGGUUGCAUCUGUCCCCCAGCCCUCCACCCAUAAGGGCUACAGUAACGCGUAUCUCUGGCUCGGGACAUGGCCAAGCCAGCCGCCUGCAACACACCGCCACCGCCUCAAGCAGCCGCAACUCCUCUGGCGGUUCCAUUAUCAAGAAGCGCCGUCUCAAUGAUGAAGACAGUGAGGCUUCCAGCCUGGCAGGGGGCACUGUCACCAAAACUCGCAUAAGCCAGCAGGCCUCAGCCAGCGGCCGUGUAACCGUGGAUGAGGUUGACCUGGAGGGCAAAUAUGUCCGUCUCAGCAACAAGGCCGACCAGGACCAGUCACUGGGAAACUGGCAGGUGAAGAGACAAGUGGGCACCGGCAGUCCCAUCGUCUACAGAUUUCCCCACAAGUUCACCCUGAAGGCUGGACAGACUGUAACUGUGUGGACUGCAUCUGGUGGUGGAACCCACAACCCCCCUACUGACUUGGUGUGGAAGACCCAGAAUUCCUGGGGCACAGGUGACCUCCUGCAGACCACCCUCAUCAGCGCCAAUGGAGAGGAAAUGGCCAUGAGGAAAGUCACACGUACUUUAUUCCAUGAUGAUGAGGAUGAUGACACGGGAGCUCACAGCACGAGCGGCACCGAGAAUGAGUACAAUCUCCGGAGCCGUACUGUGAUCUGUGACUCGUGCGGGCAGCCGUCAGAGCGUGGCUCCAGUACAUGCGGCGGUCUGCCUGAGGGCCUUGUGGGACAUUCCUUCUUCAUGGGUAGCAACCAGCCAAGACAGGGUCACCCUAAACCGGGGAACUGCUCCAUCAUGUAAAGCAGGCAGCACCUCACCCGAAUCCACAAACUCCUGCAGCCCUCAGAGGAGGACCGAUUUUCUAUUUUUUUUAUAUGAUCUUGCCUUAUUUUGUAUCCAAAUUAAUCUGCAGGUUGUAUUUGCUUUGCAGUUUGAUCGAGGGAGUAAGAUUUUGCGCCGAUGCUUAUACUGUAUCCUGCUUUGCUUCUGCGCUCUUUUUCUGACCAGUGCUUGUGUUUGGUUCUGAGCCGGGGUUUCACAUUUAACAGCGAUGCUGUCAACACUCAACACGCACACGUAGUGAUGUGAACCCCACCAGAUACAAGUAGGGGCGGAGCCUUUCUGCAGCUGCACGGCAACAUUAAAAUGAAUCUAAAACGAUGUUUAAUCUCUAUAUGUGGUGACUAUGAUGGAGUUUACACUUGAUGUGUUUGAGAUUUAUCUUUUGCAACAGUACUGUAGAGAACAUCGCUCCCCCCCGCUUCCAUGGUAAAUUUUGGCAAAAAUAUCCAAAUAAGGAAACAGUACUGCGAGAUGAGACUAUGUGGUCUCUCUGCUGCCAUAACCUCAGCUUUAAAUGUCAGGCAGUUGUGGUCGACACAUAGAAUAUAAUAAUUUGAAAGAAAAUAUUUUUGUCAUUUCACAGCUUGAAGGAAUGUUGGUUAUUUCUCAGCUUGUGGGGAGGAAAAGAAAGAGCAUUUUUGCUGGACGUGUUGAACGUACACAGUCAACCGAAUGUGUCUCAGAUGUACAUUUAAAUAUUUUAAGAACAUUUCUUGUCAUAAUAAUGGGAAGGGGAGGGGCGUUUUUUUCAUUUUGGAAGAUGCAAGGAAUCGUCCAACUGAUCUGUCGGGUCUUUACUGCCAAAUUUUGUCACAGCAAAAGUGCCAUAUAUAUGUAUUUUUGGAAAAUGUCUCAGUUUAUUCGACCACAUGGACACUAUGCUUGUGAGGAAGCGACAGUCUCUGUUCAGACAGAUGGUGGCUUCAGGAGAGCGUAACGUGUCAAUCAUAUCUGUCCUCCAUCACGUGUCAGUCAGUCCUCUGGUUAGUGCUGCUCCUUAAAACUGGUUGUUAGUGCUUUUUAUUUUAACCUGUUAGUUUGCUGGCUUUGCAUGCGUUGGGGUUUGCGUGAUGUUGUGGGGUUUGAUUACUGUGUGACAUCAUUGAUUUACUGCAGCGAUAUCAGCACAUUCAUACAAAACAGCAGAUCCAUCAGUUUACUUUUAUUUUAAACUUGUAACAGCAAAAUUAUUUUUAUACCUCUUAACCAUUGUCAGGUCAAAUUGUGACCCCCGCAGUGCCUUAAAAAGUUCAGAUUUGUUUAGGACAUAAGUAAAUUGAUCCAAAGAUAUUUAGUGUUCAGUCUACAGACAUAGAUUUAUAAUAAAUAAACCGUUGUGUAUUUCAUGUCUGCAUGUAAUGUUAUGAAACAUAAUGAUGCACAAGCACGACAGAAUCUACAGCGGGUAAAGGGCGCAGUUUUUCAGAGGCCGAUGUCACCGAUCAUGAACAGAAAAUGUCAUUCAUGAGGUUUUAUGUUAGAAUUAUGUUGAAAAUGACAGGUGCUCAUUAAAACAUUUGUGUAGAUAAAGUUAAUCUGGUCCAACUCAGACAUGCAUUUUUAGUUUUACUUUAAGCUGAUAAAUUGACAUUUGGCACAUUAAAACUUUGAAAGCUUUAACUCUUCUUUAUUGAAUUACCAUUUGCAACAUGCCAAAUUUUAAGCACUUAAAUAUGCCUCUGAAAAUCCUGUGAAGUAUUUGAAGAUUUAAAGUAUUUCCUGUCGUUGGCUCUUAAUACCAAAGUUGUAAUUAAAUUUGAGUCUGUUGAAAUAUUGCUGUAAUAUUGUGUUGUUGCAGUAUGUAAAAGCCAUGCAAUGAUUUGAUGUAAUGGUCUUUUUUUUGCUUUUUCUUUUCUACAAUAAUGCAGAAUAAACUUGUUUCCUAGUGA